GGGGAAAAAAGUCGAGUCGAUAGCGAAGGACACACACAGGAGCACACACAUACACGCAUCAGCCACAUAUCUAGCUGUUGUCGGAAGACAGGCCCUAUGCGAACCUUCACCCACAGAGUGGACCUCGUUACAAUUUAGUCCUGGAAUGAACAACCCAAAAUGUAGUGGGAACGAUGGAUUUACAGCGUAGAGGACUUGAAAUGGGCGCUCUGCUAGUUCUCCUGCUGCUGUCGGUGGUUGACGGGUCACCUUUUCUCCUUUUUGCCAACCGUCGUGAUGUGCGAUUGGUAGAUGCAGACGGUGUGCGGGGUGAAUCAGUCAUUGUUGUCACUGACCUGGAGGAUGCAGCAGCAGUGGACUUCCUGUAUGCUGAGGGCUUGAUAUUUUGGACAGAUGUCAGCGAGGAGGCCAUAAAACAGACACAAUGGAAUCAGUCAUCCAACUCCUUUAAAGAGGCACUGGGAACAGGUCAGACUGUGGUAAUAUCAGGGCUGGACAGUCCUGAUGGACUGGCCUGUGACUGGUUAGGUAAAAAGCUCUACUGGACAGACUCAGAGACCAAUCGAAUUGAAGUGGCCAACCUAGAUGGCACCUCCAGGAAGGUCCUGUUUUGGAUGGACCUGGACCAACCGAGAGCUAUUGCCCUUAACCCUGCUCAACGCUACAUGUACUGGACAGACUGGGGAGAGGAGCCCAGGAUAGAGCGUGCUGGCAUGGAUGGAAGCAACAGAAAACUGAUAGUGAAUGUGGACAUAUACUGGCCCAACGGUCUCACCAUAGACUUGGUGGAACAGAAGUUGUACUGGGCUGAUGCCAAACUCAGCUUCAUUCACAGAGCUAACCUGGAUGGAUCUGCACGUGAAACAGUGGUGGAGGGAACCCUGACCCAUCCUUUUGCCCUAACACUGUCUGAGGAGACAUUAUACUGGACUGACUGGCAAACUCGCUCCAUCCAUGCUUGUAACAAACACAGCGGAGACAAAACAAGAGAGAUUCUCAGUGGGAUUUAUUCUCCUAUGGACAUCCAGGUUCUGGAGCCCUAUCGACAGCCUUAUAUCCAGACUCCCUGUAGUGAAAAUAAUGGAGGCUGUAGUCAUCUCUGCCUACUCUCUCCAGUCCAUCCUUUCUACAGCUGUGCCUGCCCUACUGGAGUCCAGCUUAAACCAGAUGGAAAGACAUGUAAGCCAGGAGCAGAGCAGGUUUUGUUGCUGGCUCGAAGGACAGACCUGAGGAGAAUUUCACUGGACCUACCAGACUUCACUGACAUAGUACUACAGGUUGAUGACAUUCGUCAUGCCAUAGCUAUCGACUAUGAUCCAGUUGAAGGUUAUGUCUACUGGACAGAUGAUGAGGUUCGGGCCAUCCGGCGAUCUCACAUUGAUGGCAGCAAUGCCGUGAUGCUGGUUACCACAGAGAUUAACCACCCAGAUGGAAUUGCUGUCGACUGGGUUGCUAGAAACCUUUACUGGACUGACACUGGCACUGACCGGAUUGAGGUUACCAGGCUAAAUGGAACUUCACGGAAAAUUUUGAUUUCUGAGAACUUAGAUGAACCCAGAGCCAUUGUUCUUGACCCUGUUGAUGGUUUUAUGUACUGGACUGACUGGGGUGAGCAUCCUAAAAUUGAGCGGGCCAACCUGGAUGGAACGGACAGGGUGGUCCUCCUCAACAGCUCUCUGGGUUGGCCCAAUGGACUGGCCAUUGAUUAUGCAGCAGGAAAACUAUACUGGGGAGAUGCUAAAACAGACAAGAUUGAGGUGAUCAGUGUGGAUGGCAGUAACAGGCAGACCCUGCUCGAGGACAAGCUGCCUCAUAUCUUUGGUUUUACUCUACUGGGUGAUUAUAUCUAUUGGACUGACUGGCAGAGACGUAGCAUUGAGAGAGUCCAUAAAGCUACAGCUGUACGAGAGAUCAUUAUUGAUCAGUUGCCCGAUUUAAUGGGGCUCAAAGCCACUAAAGUGACAGAGACAUAUGGUACAAAUGGCUGUGCGAUGGAUAACGGUGGAUGCAGUCAUCUUUGUUUCUGGCAUCAGCAGGCUGUUAGCUGUGCCUGUCCCAUGGGAAUGGAACUCCUCUCAGAUCUCCAUACAUGUGUGGUUCCUGAGGCCUUCCUUCUCUUUACCAACAGGGACAAUAUCAGGAGCAUUUCUCUGGGUACCAACAGCAACGAUGUGGCCAUUCCUCUGACAGGCGUUAAGGAGGCCUCUGCUCUUGACUUUGAUGUCUCUGAAAGGAGAAUAUACUGGACGGACAUACAAGCCAAGACAAUAAGCAGAGCAUAUAUGAAUGGCAGCUCUGUAGAACAUGUUAUAGAAUUUGGACUGGACUACCCAGAAGGCAUGGCAGUUGACUGGAUGGGUCGUAACAUCUACUGGGCAGAUACAGGCACUAACCGGAUAGAGGUGUCCCGGUUGGAUGGCCAGCACCGCCAGGUUCUAGUCUGUAAGGAUCUUGACAACCCACGUUCAUUGGACAAUCCACGCUCACUGGCACUGGACCCAGCCAAUGGUUACAUGUAUUGGACAGAGUGGGGAGGUCGACCUCGCAUAGCCAGAGCCUAUAUGGAUGGCAGCACCAUCAUGACCCUGGUGGACAAAGUAGGCCGUGCCAAUGGGCUGACCAUUGACUAUGUAGAUAAUCGACUCUAUUGGACUGACUUGGACACAUGCAUGAUUGAAAGCACCAAUAUGCAAGGCCUUCAGAGAGAGAUCAUAGUAGAUGACCUCCCUCACCCCUUUGGUCUGACACAGUACCGAGAUUUUAUCUACUGGACUGAUUUUAAUCUCCGCAGUAUUGAACGGGCAGAAAAACGCAGUGGACUUAACCGCACUGUGGUGCUACAGGGCCAGCUAGAGCUGAUGCUGGACAUUCUGGUGUUCCACUCCUCACGUCAGGAUGGUACCAAUGAGUGCUUGCAUAACAACGGCAACUGUGCCCACCUCUGCCUGGCUUCACCUGCUGGUGCCAGGUGCCGCUGUGCUUCCCACUAUACCUUGAACCACGAUGGACGAAACUGUAGCUCUCCUUCUAGUUUCCUGCUCUUCAGUCAGAAGGCUAGUAUCAGCAGAAUGGUUUUAGGAGAGCAGAGUCCUGACAUCAUCCUGCCUAUACAUGUCCUGAGGAAUGUCCGAGGUGUCAACUAUGAUCCACUGGACCGCCUUGUCUACUGGCUGGAUGGACGGCAGAACAUAAGGAGGGCCAGGGAUGAUGGAGCCAUGUCUUCAAUGAUACUAAGCAGCACUGCUCAUCCUGUGGACAACCAGCUUCAUGACUUGAGCCUGGACCCGUACAGUCGGCAUAUUUACUGGACCUGUGAGACAACCAACACAAUCAACGUACAGAGGAUGGAUGGUCACACUGUGGGUGUGGUCAUCAAGGACGACACAGACAAGCCACGGGCCAUCGUGGUCAAUGCUGAGAAAGGGUACAUGUAUUUCACCACAGUGCAGGAGCGCUCAGCUAAGAUUGAAGGAGCCAGCCUGGAUGGGACAGAGAGAGAGUCUUUGUUCACCACUGGUCUGAUAAGACCAGUAGCUCUGGCUCUUGACAAUAAAAUAGGAAAGCUGUUUUGGGUCGAUGCUGACCUCAAACGCAUCGAGAGCAGUGACCUGACAGGAGCCAAUCGCGUCGUCCUACAGGAUUCCAACAUUCUUCAGCCAAUGGGGUUGACAGUUCUUGGAGAUCAUCUGUACUGGAUUGACCGGCAGCAGCAGAUGAUAGAAAGGGUGGGCAAACUGACUGGAGAUGGACGCACACGUAUUCAGGGACGAAUAUCAUACCUGACCUCCAUUCAUGCUGUGGAAGAGAUGGACCCACAAGAGUUUGCAUCACACCCUUGUUCCCGUGACAACGGGGGUUGUUCUCACAUCUGCAUUGCUAAGGGAGAUGGAACACCUCGCUGCUCCUGUCCAAUGCAUCUAGUGUUACUGCAGGAUCUGCUACACUGUGGAGAGCCUCCUACCUGUUCCACAGAGCAGUUUACCUGCUCCACAGGGGAGAUAGACUGUAUACCUAUGGCUUGGCGCUGUGAUGGUCUCCCUGAAUGUGAAGACAGUAGCGAUGAGGACAAUUGCCCUGUCUGUUCUGCCUUCCAGUUCCAGUGUGACAAAGGAGGCUGCAUUGAUGCUCAAAGACGCUGCAAUGGUGAACCCGACUGUGCUGAUCACUCUGAUGAACUGGACUGUGAAACCAUUUGCCCUCCUAACCAAUUCCGCUGUGGUGACAACCAGUGUAUCACUAAAAAACAACAGUGUGACAAUUAUUCUGACUGUCCCGAUGGAUCAGAUGAGCUUGCCUGUGAAAAUGUAUCACCGCCCUCCAUUGGUAUUCCUAACACUGGGCCCAGCACCAUCGGUCCAGUCAUUGCUAUCAUCCUGCUCGUCUUCGUAAUAGGAGGAGCUUAUUUUGUCUGCCAGCGUGUAGUGUGUCGACGUUACAAAGGGCCUAGUGGGACUUUCCCUCAUGAGUACAUCAGUGGGACACCUCAUGUGCCCCUCAACUUCAUCACUCCCAGCAGCUCACAACAUGCCACCUUCCAAGGUAUUUCCUGUGGGAAGUCCAUGAUGAGUUCAGUCAGCCUGAUGGGCAGCAGCAGCAGUGGAGCUCCUCUGUAUGAUAGGAACCAUGUGACUGGAGCUUCAUCUAGCAGCUCAUCAUCUACUAAGGGAGUCUUCUAUCCUCAGAUCCUGAACCCUCCUCCAUCCCCAGCCACUGAUCGCUCUCUUUACAACACAGAGAUCUUCUAUUCCUCCAACAGUCCAUCCACCACCAGAUCAUAUAGACCCUACCACCCAGUCCGUGGCACCGCCCCACCUACAACGCCCUGCAGCACUGACAUCUGCGACAGUGACUACACCCCUCACCACCCACUGGCUGGACUGGCAUCAUCAGCAGGCCGCUGGAAGGCCUCCAACCACGGCAAACACAACAAGUACUACAUGGACCUUAACUCAGACUCUGACCCAUAUCCUCCACCACCUACCCCUCGCUCCCAGUACAUGUCAGCUGAGGAGAGCUGUCCCCCGUCUCCCUCCACUGAGCGCUCCUACUUUCAUCUGUGCCCCCCUCCUCCUUCUCCCUGUACGGACUCCUCAUGACCCUCCAACAGCAUGGGUGCUGUUGGAGGGUCGAAGGGACGAAAUCAACUUAGUACAAGGACUAAUCCAGUCUGGUCCACUUCACUAGGAAAAGAACUUGUGUGCAACUUCCAGCCCUGAGCAACUUAUAUAUGCUGCUUUAUAUCAGCUGGUUAGGCUCAAGUGCCUUGCUGAAGGUCCAUGUGUCCCACAAUGGUCAUUUUAUCAUUCCAGUCCAGUCAUCUUGGAACUGUCAGGGUGACCAUCAUCUUAUCAGUUCUGUGUAUGUCUUCCAAGUGUCCUGCUCAGACAUUCACUCACUUGUGGCAGGUUGAAGGUUCAAAGCCUCCCCUUCCUUGCCACAGGAUACAAAAAAUACUGUAUACAUUUAGCCAGCAGUUCCCUAAUAAAUUUUUAUUCCCUCAAAUGAGCACCUCAUUUGCUGGGCCACUUCUUGAUUAUGAAAUUUCCAUUUGUCCAAACAAAAUAAAUUAGUCAUGCAGCUCCCUAAACUCUUUACUGUGUGCAUGGAAAUCACUUACCCUGAUCUUGUGUGAAAACCACAAAUCCAAUGCAUUGAGACCCCCCCCCAGUUUUACAGCAUUUAUCUCCUCCAUCCUUGCAGCCUCCUAAUUGACAGACAGUGACAAGACUGUAUAUUGUUAAAAAUAAUGUGGAGAAAAAAAAUCUGUGGAAUAAUUUUUCAUAUUUUUUAUUAAUGCUGACCAAUCUGAUUUGACCCACUGCUUUAGAAAUAAACAAAUGGACAGUCGGAUGAGUGGCUGUGUAAAUGUGGAGGGAAUAUAAUAAUGAUAAAUUAGUGGACAGCUGUGUACAUGCUUGCUGGAUGGAAGAUAUUAGACAAAUUUGAUGACGGAAUGAAUGUUUAAAAUUAAGAAUAACUGAGUUGAUGGAUGGAAUAGGUCCAAGAUCAAAAUGUGAAGGCUGAUGUAUAUUGUUUUUAAAUUGUGUCCGUCCACAUUUCAAAUUGGGAAUUCUUUACAGCUGAGCACAGAUCCUUUUGAAGAGGUACACCUGUUUCCAGUCAAUGAAAAGAUGAAGACAAUUCUGGCGACAGUUCCUUUCUUUUCCUAUGAAAUGACCACCUGACGUUGACAUACCAAAUGAACAUCAACAUGUAAAACUACAUAAUGAACAUGUACAUGUACAAUGAACGUGUACAUAAUGAAGUCAAUUAUUGAGUUGUGAGAAGUGAAUGCGUUUCGUUGUGAAUUUGAACUUCUUCCAUCACCUUCUCUUCACUGUUAUUGUCCUGUUUACCAAAAGUAUGUUUGCUGCUAUUGUGUACAUACUAUUAUCACACUUUGAUUUAUAAUUACAGAAUAAGGCCAAAAUUACCACUCUUGUACAUGCAGUACAUCAUGAAGCUAUUUACAGUUAAUAACAAAUUAUUCUCAGCAACUCUUGUUAUUUGUAUUUGUGUGUGUGUGUGUGUGUGUGUGUGUGUGUGUGUGUGUGUGUGUGUGUGUGUGUGUGUGUGUGUGUGUGUGUGUGUGUGUGUGUGUGUGUUGCUAUGUUUGGUUUGGUUUGAAGGAGUCUUUUUGGAAAUAGAAGGCUGAGAUGUAUAUUUAGGGCUGUUACAGAAUUUAUUGAACAUCCUUGUAUGCUUCAGCUUAAUCUUGCCUGAUCUCUCUUCAAAGUCAUUGUUCUUUUGUAUGUUUACAUACAAAUGAUGUAUACAUCAUGACAAUGAACUCAACAGCCAUCACUGCAUCAAGUGGGCAUGAAAAGGGGGUUUUGGACAGUCAUUUACCCCCAGUGCUGUGGCCCUCACAAGUGAACCCUGCUGUGAACUUUGAAUGCUUCCUCACAUACAACAGCCUGCAGAGACACUGCAAAACCAAAGCCAAAAGUUUGCCUCACAUUAUUUAUACAUUUUCCCUGACUUCGACCUUUGUCACAUUUUGUGGACUUCUGAACAAUGAUAGAAGUGAGAUUUUUGUUUGUUUUUCAGUGCAUGAUUAACAGCCGCUAUAACCUGAUGAUUUUAUUGACACCCUACCCUCUGCUCCUUUGUUUUUCAAUACCAACUCAAUGCCCUGGUUUGGUUUAUAUCAUACAAAAAUCUGACCUAGGGCACUGACUUAUGAUGGUUAUGAUCAGACAAUGACACAAUGGCUUAAAUUUUUCUCUGCACAAUAUUGCAAAUAACAAUAUAGAUGAUAAUUAAAUAAUAUAUAGAUGUGUCAUCUUAAUUGUACAGUGCUGGCAAAGCUCAAAGACAAGGUCAGACAAAAACAUGUUUGACAUCUGGCACCAAGGCAAAAGUAGCCAUGAAUUCCAGAGCGUGCAUUUUCCAAAACAGUAAAUAGUGGCCAUUGUACCUGGAAAAGGUUCUUCUUUGUCAAAUAAGUAAAAGGAGAGUGUAGAACCCUGAGAGAUAAAUAAAACCACCACUUUUGAAGGUGGAGAAUUUAGGAACUUGCAGUAACCCUACUGAGGUUAAAGUAAAUAAAGUGAUUACUUUAUCUCCCGUCAGAUGCAAUUAAGCCAUCAGGCCUGGUGACUGGCCUGAGAUGUUUGUUUUUUUUAGCUGCAGUAGCUUAAAUAUCAUCAAUGCAAUGUGUCAGUGGGUACUUGCUGAGCAGCACAACACAUUUAUGCUAAGGGCUACAUGUCCUGCCUCAAACCACUGUGUCAGCAAACCUCUUAAAACCUGUAUUUGAUGUCUCAGCUAAGAAUGCUUUGUGUAAUUUACAUUUGUGACAUUUUUUGUAUCAAAAGCAUUUUUAUAUAAUAAAGGUUUUAUUUUAAGGAA